AGUACUUCAGAUCUGCAUACGCUUUCGACUUCGUCGGCUUUUGCGGCUGUGAAGCGCGAAAGCCGCCAUUCUCGCAAACUGCGGACACUUCUCAAGAAGGUCCAUGUCUUCAAACACAAUCAUCUCACCUACAAGACAUGCUUUGGCGCAAUUCAUGUUAGGGCAGGCACCUGGUUCAUUGGAUUCAAUGCUCUCAUUGUAAUCUGCUGCUCUUUGUUCUACUGCAUCUUUACUUCUCAAGAGCAACAUCGUCCGAACCUAAAGUUUUUCGCGAUUCCAUUAACAGCCACUACAGUAUGUCUGAUGUUCCUGUUUGUCGGGCUCAUGCAGAAAAAAGCCAAGCUCUUCUACCCGUUCAUUGCUCUUCAGGUUACCACCGCCUUUGCAACAGCCAUCACCAUGGGAAUGAUUGGUAUUUCUGUAGUGUGUAACACCAGAUACAUCCUUCGUCACCUUGUCGACGUCAGCGUUCCAGAAACCCAAUACAAACGCUCCGCUCUCGUUCUGCUUUCGAUACUUGGCUCCACUUUAUUUCUACAACUAUGGUAUCUACGCACUGUUUGCAAUUGCUUUCGAUACUUCACAGAUAUCGAACGAUUCAAGGAACAAAAAGAGCAGGGUCAUGUUUAG